ACCAGGACCAGGACCAAGACGCAUACAUAACUGACGGUGCUUACACAUCGGUGGGCGAAACCACGGUGGGAUUGGAGGUGGGAGGGCAGCCGUGGCGCUCGCUGUCGACCAGGCAAGAGGUCUGCUCCCUGCCGGCCGCCCGUGCGUCGCGCCGCUGCUUCCUCUGCGCCCUCUUGGUUGCCUUCCGCUGCUGCCGCAGUUUCUCCAGCUCGGCCUCUCUGACGGCGGCUCGGUGCUUGUUGAGAGCGAUGAGCGUGGAGGAGGUGAGAAAGGCCACACCGACUAUGGCUAUGGACAGCACCACCUGACAGACAGACAUACAUGGCAGUAAGUAGGGGAUGUGUGUGCUGUGCUGUGCCGUGCUGUGUGCCUUGUGUGGAUCGUGUGGAUUGGGUGGUUCGUUGCAACGGUUGGCUCACCUGCACGCCCACGCGCAGCCCCGCCUCAUCUCGGAUGACACCGGGCAACAGACUUCCUGAAAGGAGGAAGGCAAGCAGAGACACACAGAUAGUGGUUGGUACUCAAAAGAGAAUUUCUGUGUGUGUAAACUUGUCUGUCCGUCCGUCUGUCUGCCUGUCUGUUCGUUCGUACCCAGCGGGUAUCCGACGACGUUGUAAACGAACAUGGAAAUGCUCGCCGCGCACGGCCGGAGGUAUGGAGGCACCGACUGGAUGAUGAUCCCUGACAGACCCCAGACACACACACACACAUACACAUACACAUACACACGUGUGUCAACAACGGCCUCUCAGUGAGCGCGCGGCUGGUGGCCCGGGUGGUCACGUACCUGUGAUGGUAGGAAUGAUGGCCCCGCCCAGCACCAGCAGGCACCAUAUCAGAGCAAUCGCGCCGCCAAACGAAGGCAUGAAACCGGCAGACAACGCUGGACAACACAAACACACACACAAACACGCACACACAUGCACCCCUCCCCCCUCUCCCCGCCCCAGCCAGGCAGCCAGUGUGCUUGCUUACAGCAGAUAGCGGCAAGUAUGCCUGAGACGGUGCAGGCCACCAGCGCCCUCACGGUGCCGUAGGUGGUCGCAUAGCCGCCCAGCCGGUCGACCAGCACGCCGCCCAGCACCACACCGAGUGUGGGCGCGGUCAGCACGACGGCCGAGAAAGUGGCUGUGAAGGUCCACUCUGACAUCGUGUAGUACUCCAGAAAGUACACCUUGGCCCAGUACUGAAUGCCUGUGGGUACACAUAUGGGGUGUGAGGGGAUGGUGGAUGUUUCUGUUUCUGCUGCUUGCUGGCCUACCCGUGACAACGAUGAACAACGCACAUUUGGCGCCAACAGUCGACACGUAAAGACCCGUUCUGAAACAAAACCACCACACACACACACGUAUGCAUACAUGCACACAUCCAUGCACACACCUGGCCGCACCAGCCUCCCACUUACCGUAAGAGAAUCCACACUUGUUGUCUGAAGCCAAUCCGCGGCGUGGCCAGGUCGAAAGGCGACGCCAUGACGUCGCGCUGCCGCUGCUCGCCCCCGCUCCCGCUCCUCUCGAGGUCAGUGGGCAUCCUGGGCGGUGGCUCGGUGUCCGUGGGCAGCCGGGGGGACAUCAUCGCCGCCGCAAAGUCAUACAAGUUGGAUGUCGACUCUUGGAUGCGCAGACCCUGAUGAAUGCGAUGGCGAUGGGCGACACACACGAAAGGAUUUAUGUGGGCAAGGUUAGGUGGGCUGGUGUGUCCCAUCCUUCUGUCUGUCUCACCGCGUAAACCAUGCUGGUUUCGCUGUCGCUCUGUUGGUCGGCCUUCCUGUCGUCGCUCGGCGGCUCCCUCCCCAAGGACAUGGCCCCGUCGUCCAGGACGCCGUUCGACAGCUGGGGACACGAGCUCCCCCUCUCCACCACCUCACAGGGCGUGCCCCCCGACAAAGGCGUGACUGAGUCAGACCUUCUCGCACACUCCUCGUCUGAGGCAGACGCUGCGGUGCCCUGCGUGACCGUCGGCUGCACCAGCAUCGGGUCAGGCGACCGAUGAACCCAUGGCGGCGUCUUGUGCGUGUCGUCGGGCAGCGUCAGCGUUGCCGAUGUGGCCACUUCUUGCGUGGGUAGGUCUGGCUCAGACACGGACACGGACACGGCGGACAGCUGAGGGUCUUCAGGGAGUGACGGAAGGGUGGGGGUGGGCGGCUUGCGGCUGGUGGUGGUGGCCAGGGGGGAGGUGGCCGAUAGCAGGGGGAGACGGUCGACACGCCCAAAGCUCGAGGGGCUGUUGACUGACGCUGCCAGCUGAAUGAGCGAGACACCGCGCAAGACACAAGACACACACGAACGUUUGUUUGAAGACACAUCAUGAUGGUGGCAUGGCACGUGUGAUGUGAUGUGGAAUGCAUACCCUCAGCUCGGUGUAGACCGAGUUGCACGGCGAAGCCACAAAGAAGCCAGAGGGGAUGGGCGGCGUCCAUUCGCCAAUGCCGCCGAUGCCCUCCCCCCCAGCACCACCCCCCCUGCCUCCCUCGAUCGCUCCACCCUUGGUCUCUGCCUGGCUGCUACUGCUUGAUGGGGUGCUCUGCUGGGCACUGCUCUGCUCCAUGGAUGCCUCGAGGAAGGUGCGGCGGAGUGGGUGGCCACCCAGGAUGACGUCGAAGCUGCCGGGCUCGCUCCCGCUGCCCGACGGAGUGGGAGUCAUGUCGCUGGAACAACGUACACAGAGAGGGAGAGGGAGAGGGAGGGAGCGUAGCACACACGCACAUGACCAUCCAGAUGGUGUGGGCGGGAGAGUGCCCACAUGGGCGACUUACAGUGAUCGCGACCGUGAGGCCUUGGGAAUCGGAUGUGCGCCGGGCGAGUCGGUCCUGGCCCGCCUUAUCGCACAGUGCUCUAGCUCCUCCGUCGCUGCCCCAGCCGCCUCGCCCCCCAGGUGCGUCUGGGAUCUCUGCAUGCCCUGCGCCAUGGGCCACAGCCAUCCUCGCUGGUGGUGCGAUGAUGGGGGGGUCGAUGGGGUGGGUGUCUCCUCGGGUGUAGCCGCUUGGUGGAUGGUGUGUGUGGUUGGGGGGAUGGGCGAGGUGGGGGAGGUCGGGGAGGCCAGUGCGGGGAGGGGCUCGGGGGCAGGCUGUGGCAGGCUGCUCGGCGGUGCUGGCUGCACACACAGAUGGCCGAGGGACACGCAGAGGAAUGGAUGGAGAGAGAACAGGUGACUGCCCCCCUCCCUCCCUCCAACCUGUUCGUUAACAGCCGCACCGUCCAUAGCAGCAGCAGCAGCAGCAUCGAGGUCCUCCCUGCUCAUGAAGACCGUGUCGUCGUCGUCGGUAGCGUCGCUCCUUCUGCGGUCCUUGCCUGUCAGCGGCUGCUGCGAGGCGUCUGGUAGAUUGAUGUAGAUGUGCUUGAUUGGGAUGAGGAUGGCCGUCAUGGUGAAGAGGAAGAACGACUGGAUGCCGAUCGACCACCUCCAGUUGAGGCCGGAACUCACAACCGCCUCAACCAGCACGUACCCCAGCUGUGCGUGGGACAGACAGAGAGGGAGGGAAGAGGGUGAUGGGUGGCUUUUUCCUCGGCUCGGCUCUUACCGCGACACCAAACACAGCCGUCGCUUGAUUCAGACCCUGCACACAGUGACAGACAGGAAGGAAGCAGAGCAACAACUAACCCAUCGGCGAACAAUGAACACACACACAAACAUCCCCCCACCCACCGGCCCACCUGCCACAGCGUGACCAUCCUGAGCGGCGAGAACUCCUCGAUCCACACAGUCGCGUAAAUGAUAUAGCACGCCUGCGUGACGCCGAUCAGGAACCGCGACGCAUACAGCAGCCUCGCAGCGUCCUCCCUGGUGCCGAUCUUGGCUCCCGGGCCGUCGUCGCCACCCACCCCUCCGAUCCCAGACAUGGCCAGCAUGAGGCAGGACAGCGAGUUGAGGCCGAGGGAGAUGGUCAGAAUGAGCUUCUGCCGCCGAUACUGCAGCAAUCGGGACGCAAUGAGGGAGCCGACGGCAAGGCCGAGAAAGGGAAGGGCGCCGAUCCAGCCUGUUUGGUUAGGUGGUUUGGUGGAGCGGAGGGAAGAGACAGUGCGAGGCGGAAAAUGAAUGCGUCUGUGAGUGUGUGUGUGUGUGAUGUACCUACCUUGCUCGUAACCGUCGAGUGUGAAUUCUUCAGCAAUCGACGGCAGCACGGCGGCGAUGGCGCCGUUGUCAUAGUUGACCCACAGACCUGCACCACACGCACCAACCAGUCCACACACACACACACGAGCCACACCUGCCUGCCCACGCACCAACAGUGAAGAAGACAAGAAACACCACAAGGAUGACCCUGACACACACAGACACACACACACACAGACAGACAGACAGACAGACAGACAGAUACACAGACAGACAUGACGUCCAGUCCUUCAGUGCCUCAGCCCCUUAAGUCCACCCGGCUCGCUCACCUUUUGUUAUCCCUCGGGUGUGGUGAUGAGGCCUCAGCGGCGGUAAGGGAGGCGAGGUUCGAUACGGUGAUCUGGAGGCUGCCCUUGUCUGUGUUGCCGUCGGAGGCCGUCGUCCGCGGCGUGUGCGUUACAGGGUGAGGCAAUGAGGGCGUUUCCCACCUGCGGAAGAGGGCAGGAUCACUGUCCUCCGUCGGCGGAGGCGAAGCCAUGUUGUAAGAAGCAAACGACGCGAAG